UUAUUUUAGACAAACGGAUAUAGAAAGGACUUGUAUUUUGUCUUGGGAUGAGGCCCGUAUCCCUAUAAAUGCAUGUAUCACUGGACCUCCAGUUACUCAGUUCUUCACUUCCACUCUUAUCAAUUCAUUCGUCAUAACUCCAAUUUUAACAGAUAUGGAUAUGCAGUACAAGGAGGGGAUCAACGGUGAGGUGGGUAUAAGACCUGUAGGAAAAGGGAAGGUGAAGCGAAGUGAUUUGUUUGUGAGAUUUUUAGCAUUGGUGCUAACUCUGGCGGCAGCCGUCGUUCUCGGAGCGAAUAACCAGUCAACAACCGUAUCCGUAAAGAUUGUCCCCUCCCUGCCGCCGGUCAACUUGCCGGUCACCGCUAAGUGGCUUUACAUGUCUGCCUUUGUGUACCUUGUGAUCGCAAAUGCAAUAGCAUGCUUUUAUGCAACGAUGUCGUUGGUGCUUACAUUAGCAGCUAGGGGUGGAAAGAAGAACGUAACCUUGAUUGUAACCAUUUUAGAUAUAGUAAUGGUGGCACUUCUCUUCUCGGCAAUGGGUGCAGCGGGUGCUGUUGGUCUUAUUGGCCUCAAAGGCAACUCACACCUACAAUGGGGAAAAGUGUGUAAUGUGUUCGAUAAAUUUUGUCACCAGACUGCUGCUGCAAUGAUCUUGUCUUUCAAUGGCUCCAUAUGCUAUCUUCUACUCGUUGUGUUAGCCACUAUCAAUGUCUACAAGAAGUUUUAAGGAGACCAAGUACUCAAUGUUGGUUACUCGACGUUAACGACUUAUAAAUCAUUUGUCUUGUUUGUUUUUCCAAUAUUGAUGUAUGCCGAUCUAAUAUGUUAUGAGUGUAGUAGUUGAGACGUUUUGAUUAAUACAAUUUUCAUUUAUUUUA